UGAGGAAACUGACAAGUUCCACGGUAUAACGCGGUAACCGCGCGACUCGUUUUACCCAUUCUUUCAUUCGUUUCGCGUGCUGCGAAGAAGAGGAAGUGGUUCAAAUGAAGCACCUUGCAGCGGACAUAGAAGAACGGCGCCGAUGCCAUGGGACCGGAAGUCCACCUUGACAACCUUGGGCUUCUUCGGAGGCGUCGUCCUGUUCGCCGUGGUCGUCGCUGUCCUCCUGAGCAAGAUUGGGCCUUCGAAAGGUGCAGCUAGAGCCGGGAUGCUGCACGACGACCCGAUCGAGCGUGCGAGGCAGAUCGGUUGCCAGUGCACCCCUGCCGCCAGGACGCCGAUCGGCCCAGGCGAACGGCCCUACUACUGCGUCUGCCCCAAAUCGAAACCCAGCGGUGGCACGCAGUCGAAGCAUUCUUCCAAGGGUCACAACAGUUCGCGCCCCACUGGUAGCCCUGAAUACACGGAGAGGCCGACGUGACGAGGCACUUCGGCGUCAGUGCCCUCCUGCGGCCACGUGCGCUUGGGACAAUAAAGCUGAAACGAAGGCGGUGGUUAGGCGGUUGGUAGUGGUUAAGCCAAGAACAAGAAUAAAACGCAGCGACAAAAGACCUUGCUCAGGAUGCACGC